AGUGUAGCACCGUCAUCCCUGUCAAAAUUUAUCAAUUUUCUCUUGUGGAGAUUGUUCGUGCAGGAUUUUCCGCCUAUUUUGAUACAUUUUACAAAUGUUAACUAGUGGAAAAUAUUAUUAGAUAGUUAGAUAAUACUUGAUAGGACAGAGUGCAUGUGUAAAAAUGAUAUUACUCGAAAUCAAUAACAAAAUAGUGGAGGAAACUCUGACAGUGAAAUUCAAAAAUGCUCUCGCUGGGCAGAGGCCGGAGUCGAUUGAUGUCAAAGUGGCGGAUUUUGAUGGUGUUCUCUUCCACAUUUCCAAUGUGAAUGGGGACAAGACUAAAGUGAGGACGAGUAUAUCGCUGAAGUUCUACAAGCAGCUCCAAGAGCACGGAGCCGAUGAGCUGCUGAGGCGAGAGUACGGGGAUUUGCUGACAGAUACCGAAGAUGGAUACAAUGUGUCGGUGCUGGUGGACUUGGAGAACAUCCCCGAGGAUUGGGAAGUGGUGGCGCAGAGGAUUGGCUUGCUGAAGAGGAACUGCUUCGCCUCCGUGUUCGAGAAGUACUUUGAUUUCCAGGAGCGCGGCGAGGAGGGUCAAAAGAGGGCCGUGAUCAACUAUCGCAAUGAUGAAACCAUGUAUGUUGAGGCGAAGGCUGACCGAGUGACUGUUGUCUUCAGCACGAUCUUUCGCGACGAGGAUGACGUGGUGCUGGGCAAGGUGUUCAUGCAGGAACUCCGCGAGGGUCGGCGAGCAUCGCACACGGCGCCACAGGUGCUCUUCUCUCAUCGCGAGCCACCACUCGAGCUCGCCAAUUCUGAUGCGCGUGUCGGCGACAACAUCGGCUAUGUCACCUUUGUCCUCUUUCCGCGGCACACAAACAAGGAGACGCGAGAUAAUACGAUAAAUUUGAUUCACAUGUUCCGACACUACUUGCACUAUCAUAUUAAGUGUUCGAAGGCGUACAUUCACUCCAGGAUGCGAGCAAAAACGACUGAAUUCCUCAAGGUGCUCAAUCGAGCUCGUCCUGAGCCAAAAAUUACAGAAAAGAAAACCAUAAGUGGUAGAACUUUUGUUAGAAAGGAAUGAUCAUGGGAUUUCAUCUAGUUCCAGCAGAGUAACUGAAAUCGAUGAUGAUCGAAGGUUUGUAUGAUAGAGCAAAGGCAAAAUAAGAAUGAAUAGAGGAUUGGAAGAGUAUAUAUGAUGGAGGGGAUGAGAAGGAAAUGUGGAGUAAUUAGCAAUUUCCAAUGAAAAAAGGAAGGUUUUUCAUUAAGUAAUAUUAAAAGAAAUGCAGUAAAGAAUCAUUUUACAUUUAGUCACAAUGUUCACAAUAUUGUAAAAUGUGAUUCUUAUUUGAUUUGUUUUUUUUUUAUCCUUUAACUAAAUGAAAAAAAUUGUAUAGUGCAGAAACGGGAUAAAUGCUAAUAGGCACAGAAAGUUUGAUAGGAUGCAAAAUGAGAAGAGAUUACAAUGCAUUUCAAUGUCCUUCAAUCCAUUCUUUGCGUCUUAUGAUGCGAAGAAGUGACAACGUAUGGAAAUUAUUCAAUUAAAAUUACCUAAUAUGAGAAUGAGAAAUGGAAAACGUAGUAUUAAAUAAGUAUGUUGACUAUUUGUUAAUAUAGAAUGAGAAAAUACUAUAUAUUCUUCAUAAUAAAAGCAACUAAGGAGCGAUAGAAAUGAAAUAAAAAUAAUAACGAACAGGUUUUUCUACAUAGAGAUGAUCCUUCAAGAUUUAUAACAUGAAAUUCAAACAAUCACUAAUUCACACCUCCCAAGCACUUAACUAAGAAAACAAUUUAUGAUUAUAGUGAGAGGCAUGGCAAAAAAUGCUACAUUAGAGGAUGAAGGAAAAGUAUAAUGUAAUUGAAAAAUUAUAUAUUUAGCAAAGAGUGAGGGAAAUUUAAUGCAAAAUCUGCACAAAAGUUGAGAAACAGAGUGUAAAAUUGACACGCGGAAUAGUAAUUUUUCCUCUCCCCUCAAGAUAUAAGGAAAUUGUGUGAGAAAAUGUGUCGAAGCUGCCAAAAAAUCCCAGAUUAUAAUCUUUAAAUUUUACAAUCAAUUAACGAGAAUAACA